UAGCAGAGCGGCUAGCAGCCGCGCUGCCAAGGUAAACAACAAGAGGUAACAGUUCAUCAGCCUGCGAGCAUGCUAACUUAUUGAAGCAACGUGUGUCAUAGCUUCUGUGGCGGAUAAGGAGUAACGACGUUUUGUUUCUCUGCUUCUCUCUUGUACCUCCGCUAACUUAAAAGAUGAACAGUGAAAACUUCAGCCUGAGUGAGAAGAUAGUGUCACCCUCCUACAUUCGGCAGGGGAGCCAGGCGCGUCGUGGCCACGAACAGCUCAUCAGACACUUACUGGAGCAGGGCAAGUGUCCAGAGGAGGGAUGGAGCGAGAGCACCAUAGAGCUCUUCCUGAAUGAGCUGGCUGUGAUGGACAGCAAUAACUUCCUCGGCAACUGUGGCGUGGGGGAGAGGGAAGGCCGGGUGGCAUCCAGCCUUGUCGCAAGACGACAUUACAGGUUGAUCCAUGGCAUAGGUCGGUCAGGUGACAUUGCUGCUAUUCAGCCCAAAGCUGCAGGAUCCAGUCUGCUUAACAAGCUGACCAAUUCAGUUGUGUUGGACAUCUUAAAGCUCUCAGGUGUCCGGAGUGUGGCGAGCUGCUUUGUAGUUCCCAUGGCGACAGGAAUGAGCUUGACUCUGUGCUUUCUGACCCUUCGUCAUCGGAGACCCAAGGCUCGCUACAUCAUUUGGCCUCGCAUUGACCAGAAGUCCUGUUUCAAAGCCAUGAUCACAGCAGGCUUUGAACCGGUGGUGGUGGAGAACGUCCUUGAGGGCGAUGAGUUGCGGACAGACUUAGAAGCAGUUGAGCGCAAGAUUGAGGAGCUUGGAGCCGAAAACAUCCUGUGUGUUCAUUCAACAACGUCCUGCUUUGCGCCACGGGUCCCUGACAGGCUCGAGGAGCUGGCCGCUGUGUGUGCCAAAUAUAACAUUCCCCACAUAGUUAACAAUGCAUACGGAGUACAGUCAUCCAAAUGCAUGCACCUAAUACAACAGGGGGCGCGUGUUGGGAGAAUUGAUGCCUUUGUACAGAGCUUGGACAAGAACUUUAUGGUUCCAGUAGGUGGCGCCAUAAUCGCAGGUUUUGAUGAGUCCUUCAUACAGGAGAUAAGCAAGAUGUACCCUGGUCGAGCAUCGGCCUCACCUUCCCUUGAUGUCCUCAUUACCCUUCUCACUCUGGGAGCCAGCGGCUACAAGAAGCUCCUGUCAGAAAGAAAGGAGAUUUAUUCGUUCUUGGCUCAGGAGCUGAAGAAUCUGGCCUCUGCACACGGGGAGAGAUUGCUUCACACCCCACAUAACCCCAUUUCACUGGCCAUGUCUCUGAAUGGUUUCCAGGCCGAGGGCGACAAGGCAGUGACUCACCUGGGCUCCAUGUUGUUCACCCGGCAAGUGUCAGGAGCCAGGGUAAUACCGCUGGGCAAGGAGCAGACCAUAAGCGGACACACGUUCCGCGGCUUUAUGUCGCACUCUGAGACGUACCCCUGUCCUUACCUCAAUGCUGCCUCAGCUGUGGGUAUCACUCGUGAAGAUGUGACACUCUGCAUUAAAAGGCUUGACAAGUGCCUGAAGACCUUAAAGAAAGAGGGAAGUGUGGCGAAAAGCAGUUCCCCAGUACUUCCUUUGUGCCAGGAGGACACUACUGGCGAGUGACUGAAAUACGAACAUUUUACAGGCAAAGAGAGAGAGAGAGAAAGAUUUCUGCGUAGUUUGAGUCCUCUCCUGCCUGCACUUAUUUCUCACCUGAUUUUGGACUGUGUGCGUUUUGAAUGGCACUUGCUGAUGGAUUAUCAAUUCAGACAUUGACUUGAACGCUGCGGCAACCGCUAAUGAUGAAACUGUGUGCAGGUGUUCAUUACAAACAAAAAUGAUACAAGCUGAAGUCACUGAUUAAUUCCCUCCUCUGUGAAGGCGUGCUAAUUAGUAGAUAAUGUAAGGACACAGGCUGCAUACAAAUGCCUCUCGGGAGCAUAUGGUUGUUCACCACUGAUCUAAAAUUAGACCAAAGCAUCUGCAAAGACCAUCUCAUUGUUGUCUGUAUGUUUUGAAAAUGCUUUACUUUAUUAUGGAUUUGGACUCAAAAUAGAUUAUGUAGCUAUUUACAGUGGCCUUUACUUGAUGUGUGUCAUUUUUCUUAACUAAAGCCAUCUAAAGCCUCCACAGUGCUGUUAUUGGAUGAAAUAUUCAGUAAAUUAGAGAGUCUCUCACUUUGAAAACAAGACUAGAAUUCUGUUGUGGGAACAGGAUCUUCCACUCACUGAUAUAUGAAGUCAUAUAGCUUUAUAAUGUAAUAUGUUGGGCCAUGUCUCCUGCAGUAUGUUGUAAUGUGAUACAAAUGCUGUUGAGCCAUUAAGUCCAGUGUAUUGAACUAGCUCAUCGACUUUCAGGCUCUGGAACGGAUCGCAAGGAACAGAUAAUCAAUGAAGUGCAAACAUCGAUCACUCCUGUGUUUAGCAAAGGAAGUGUUCACCUCUCAGUAAGAACCUGCGAUGUAUGUAAAAUUAACUAUUCAAGAGACUUAGCUGUAUUUUACUGUAAGAUCUUGUAAGAUAAAUUUGGAUUUCAGUUAGAACUUUA